CGGGCAAACUACUUUAUAUUUUUAUUUGGGACGGGGUUUUAGCAAUUCGGCUAUUAAUCAACGAUAUUUGGGCUGGGCCUAAAUCAGAGUUUUUAGGGGGAGUCCAGUUCAUUUGGUAAAUCUCGACCAACCCGACCCGGAUGAGAGGUUAGCCCACCACGCAACGUCCGUCGGAGGAAGGAUCACACCGCGCGACGGAAACGAAACGACGAACACGAAAUAGCGGAAAACGUCAAAAAUCUCUAGAUCGGUUUUGAAUCACAGAUAACGAUGUCGGCGCUGCUCACGGCCGGCGGAGGCUUAACUGCCGGAGAUCGCAGCAUCAUCACGGCGAUUAACACCGGCGCGUCGAGUCUCUCGUUCGUCGGCUCAGCAUUCAUCGUCCUCUGCUAUUGCCUCUUCAAAGAACUCCGGAAAUUCUCUUUCAAGCUCGUCUUCUACCUUGCUCUCUCCGAUAUGCUUUGCAGUUUCUUCCUGAUUGUUGGGGAUCCUUCAAAGGGGUUCAUCUGUUAUGCACAAGGCUACACAACACAUUUCUUCUGCGUAGCUUCGUUCUUGUGGACAACCACAAUUGCUUUCACUCUUCACCGUACUGUGGUUAAGCAUAAAACUGAUGUGGAGGAUUUGGAGGCCAUGUUUCACUUGUAUGUCUGGGGAACUUCUUUGGUUGUCACUGUCAUACGUUCUUUUGGUAAUAACCACUCACAUAUGGGACCGUGGUGCUAUACACAAACUGGUCUUAAGGGAAAGGCUGUUCAUUUUUUAACUUUCUACGCUCCUCUUUGGGGAGCCAUUCUCUACAAUGGGUUUACGUACUUCCAAGUGAUACGGAUGCUAAGAAAUGCUAGACGUAUGGCGGUUGGAAUGUCAGACCGAGUCGAUUCAAUUGAUGGUAGAGCAGAGUCAAAGGUGUUGAACCGAUGGGGAUACUAUCCACUCAUUCUAAUAGGAUCGUGGGCAUUCGGUACUAUCAACCGCAUUCAUGAUUUCGUCGAGCCAGGGCAUAAGAUCUUCUGGCUCUCAGCUCUCGACGUGGGAACAGCUGCACUAAUGGGCUUGUUCAAUUCAAUAGCAUAUGGUCUCAACAGCUCAGUGCGCCGAGCAAUCCAUGAGAGAUUUGAACUGUUCUUGCCGGAACGGCUAUAUCGAUGGCUUCCAAGCAAUUUAAGACCAAAGAGCCACCAUCUGAUUAUGCACCAGCAACAACAACAACAACGAAGCGAAAUGGUCUCACUCAAGACCGAGGAACAGCAAUGACCUCUAACUUUUCAACAUUGUAACUCAUGAACCGGUAAUAAGGCGGCGGGUGUGAUAAUACAAUUUGGUUUGGAUGGAGAUUGAUAUGAUGGUGAAGGAGAUGCACAACAAUUCGUCAAUGUAUAUAUGAAUCAUUCUUUGUUAACACGAACUUGAACGUCAUUAUUUUCUUGUAUGAACAAAAAUUAUUGGGAGGUCUUUUGAUCCUUACCUGCUGAAUGAAGUUAUCGAACUUGCAAGAAGAUUUCUUACAAAACAAAUUAUUGGUAGCUUUGUUCCAAA